AUGCCAAUUGUUCUUGCAGUCUACUCAGCCACAUUGAACCAGGUGGAUGCGGGCAAGAACGCGUCAAAAGCAUACUUUCUUCAGAUUCUAGUGCCUGAUGAUGGCAAAGGCGAACCUGUAGUCUUCACUCGCUGGGGUCGCGUCGGCGAGCCUGGUCAGCAAAAGACCAUCGAUGUCUCGAACGAAACACACGCAAUCUCGGAAUUCAAGAGCAGAUUCAAGUCAAAGACUAGCUUUCCCUGGGAGGCUCGAGCGACGGCGCCUUCCAAGCCAGGGAAGUAUACUUGGCUCGAUGUGGACUUUGGCCACGACGACACGGAAGGUGCAGAUGAGCAGGAGGAAGCUGCCGGACCAAGCCGGGCACCUACCGCCUCGCCCACCAAAAAGGCCUUCCCCAGCAAGCUGUCUCCGUCCGUGCAGUCUCUAGCACGCCUGAUGUUCAAUCAAAGCAUCAUAGAUCGCACUCUCGCUGAGCUCAAGUACGAUGCAACCAAGCAACCUCUCGGUAGGAUUGGGGGCACAACGCUAAAGCGCGCCCUAGGCGUGCUCUCUUCGAUCUCAGAUGCGCUGGAACAGCCGGGCGGAGGGGCGCAAGCUCAAUUGCAAUCACUUUCCAACGAGUACCUUUCGCUCAUACCGCACAUCUUUCCACGCAACACGCGUCCUCCGGUCAUCAACAACAUGGAAAUGGUCAAGAAUGAGCUUGACGUGCUUGCCACGCUGGGCGAAAUGGAAGCGGGUGCGAAGCUGAUGAAGUCUACUACAGCUGGGGAUGUCAACCCGCUGGAUGCUCGCAUCGAAGGUCUCAAAUUGAACAAGUUGGAAGUGCUCGAGCACGACAGCAAAGAGUUCAGCAUUCUGCAGGAUUACGCGCUUCAUACGCACGGGCAGACCCAUCAGCACCUGAGAUACCAGGUUGAAGACAUCUUCGUGGUGGACAGAGCCGAUGAUCGCGCCAAUCCUUUGGGCAACAUUGGAAGCAAGAAGUUACUGUGGCACGGGUCACGUUGCAGCAAUUGGCCUGGCAUCCUGAGCCAAGGAUUGCGCAUUGCACCACCAGAAGCUCCGGUAUCCGGCUAUAUGUUCGGCAAAGGCAUAUACCUUGCCGACUCAAUGUCCAAAAGUGCUGGAUACACGUAUCCACAUUUGAGCGAGGACACCGGCUUGCUUGUACUCUGCGAAGCGGAGUUGGGCAAAUUAUUGAUGCUCCGUCAUGCUGACUACAAUGCGGACGAGAAAGUGAAGGAAGCAAAGGCCCACUCCACUCUGGGUAUGGGCCAACACAUCCCGGCAUCGUGGAAGGAUUGCGCCAAGCUAGGCCUGACAAAAGACUUGAAAGGCGUGCUCAUGCCAGUCGGCGGUCUCAAGGACGAUUCUGAUACCGAUCGCUCUCUGAUGUACAACGAGUACAUUGUGUACAAUGUGGAACAGGUCAAGUUCCGAUACCUGUUCCGCAUCAAGUUCAACUAG